UUUUAAUUAUGUACAACUUCUUUGCAUAUACAGAGUAUUUGACCUCUCAUAAGAAGAAAUACAACACACCUUUACAACUCCCAACAGCUUUUCCCGCAAUAUUUCUCCCGCCUCCACCACCAAAUUAACAACCUUAAACCACCACAAUUUCCGACGAAAUUCCCGACCACCGGUGAAUUCUCACCGGAAAAUCUUUUCUCAUGCCUUCUAAAUCAGAAACGUUAUCGUAUCCUUCUAACCGCCAACCGCCCAAUCCACAACCACCGCCACCACCAUCGUCGCCGACCGAUUUCUUCUUCUCUCUCUUCCACCACCACCCUCGCUUAUGUCUCCUCUCCCUUUUCCUCCUCCUCCAACUCCUCUUCCUCAUCUCCUUCUCCGACCACCGCAUGCCAUUUCUCACCGCCGCCCCCUCCGCCUCCAUCUCCGCCGUCAACUCCACCACCCCUCCUCCGGAUCAAUGCGAAAACGGCAAAAUCUUCGUCUACGAUCUCCCAUCACAAUUCAACUCCGAUCUGUACCAAAAUUGCGACAAAUCAAGUGCUUGGGGUAACUGGUGUGGGGCCCUCUCAAACGACGGGUUUGGCCGUAAAGUGACAGAAAACAAUCAUUUAAUGCCGGAAAAUCUCGCCAGCGCUUGGUACUCAACUGAUCAAUUCUCAUCCGAGGUUCUUUUUCACAACCGUUUACUUUUUCACAAAUGUCGUACAUUAGACCCGGAAUCUGCGACGGCGUAUUACAUCCCAUUUUACGCUGGAAUUGCAGUCGGUAAAUACAUGAUGGAUGAAUUUAGUCCUAAAGACAGAGAUCAACAUUGUGAGAAAAUGCUUGAGUGGGUCCAAAAGAAUUACCCGUAUUUUAAAAAGUCAAAUGGUUGGGAUCAUUUUCUUGUAAUGGGGAGAAUUACGUGGGAUUUCCGACGAUAUGGUGAUCAAGGUUGGGGGUCUAGGUGUAUCACCAUGCCGUCGAUGACAAAUGUCACUCGAUUAUUGAUCGAGAAAAACCCGUGGGAUUAUUUCGACGUUGGCGUGCCUUAUCCUACUGGAUUCCACCCUAGUAACCCCUCCGACGUCGUUUCAUGGCAGGAGUUUGUCCGGUCACGUGAAAGGCGUUCUUUAUUUUGUUUUGCCGGUGGUACCCGAGGUUGGGUUGAAAAUGAUUUCCGAGGGUUGUUGUUGAGUCAAUGUCGGAACUCGUCUAAGUCGUGUAGACUAGUGGAUUGCAGUGGUGGUCAAGGGUGUGGGACGUCUGUAAUCCUCGAAUCGUUUCUUGAUUCGGAGUUUUGUUUGCAGCCUAGGGGUGAUAGUUUUACCCGCCGGUCUAUAUUUGAUUGUAUGUUGGCUGGUUCGAUACCGGUUUUCUUUUGGAGACGGUCGGCUUAUCUUCAGUAUGAGUGGUUUUUGCCUGGAGAGUCCGAGAGUUACUCGGUUUUUAUUCACCGUGAUGAGGUGAGAAAUGGUACUUUGAUAAAAGCCGUGUUGGAGAAGUAUGGUAAAGAGGAGAUAAAAAGGAUGAGGGAAAAAGUGGUGGAAACUAUUCCUAAAUUAAUAUACGCAAAACCUAAUGAAGGGUUAGGGAGUAUGAAAGAUGCCAUUGAUAUUGCUGUUGAUGGUGUUCUAAAGAGAAUUAAGGACAGAAAAAAUGAGGAAAUUAAUUUAGGGUGAGUAUAUAGAUCUUAUGUGCGCCAUUGUUGCAUAUACGGAGUACCACCUUAUGGCACCGUCCAAUUGUUAAUUGUGACAAGGUUCAAUCUUAUUAGUUGAACAAUUUUGAGUCGAAGUGGCAAUCACACAUAAAUCAACGUGUUGCAAUAGUUACAUUGUAUGGAUACUGGCCAAAGGUAAAUUGUUUUUAUUCACUAUGCAAAUUGUUAUGCUUUUGGGUAACAAAUUGUUGCCGAGCUCACAACAUGAGAUGAGGCACCUUUCAAUGCAAAUUAAAGAUGGGAGAAACUACUCUGUAUAUAAUUAUAUACAACAUGACCAUACAUGUACGGUAUUAAUCUAUAAAGCAGUGAAUUGGAUCGCUCAUCGCUAUCUACACAGUAGGCACUCACUUUCUUAGAGCUGUAAUUAAUGGCAGCAUUGUAUGGGAUAGCUGUGAAUGAUAGUUCAGUUUGGCACUCCCUUAUUUCAACUCUUGUUUGAUUACUUCGGCUAAUCUUUGAUUAUUGAUUUAUUGAUUAACAUUAUUGAAGA